AUGUCAGCAGAAAUCAAAGCAAUGGCUGGCAACUGCAAGACAUGCCAGGCACUAAAACCAGCAAAUCCAAGAGACACAAUGACUCAACAUAACCAAGGAACCUACUCAAGGGAGAAAAUUGUUUGUGAUCUUAUGGAAAUUGAUGGAAGAAACUAUCUUUUAACAGUGGACUGCUUCUCCAACUUCGCAGAAGCAGAUUAUCUUACUAACACAGAAUCACAAUCAAUAAUCAUGAAACUCAAGGGACACUUCGCUCGUUUCGGCAUCCCAAAAGUAGUGGUAACGGACUGUGGAUCGCAGUUUGUCGCCCAGGAGUUCUCAAAAUUUGCUGAAAAAAGGGGAUUCCGACACGAGACCUCAAGUCCCGGACAUCCCAGAUCCAACGGGCGAGCAGAAUUGGGAGUGAAAAAUAAAAAGUACACGAUGAAGAAAGCGAACCGGCAGAAAUAG